AUGGUUGAGUGUAUGACUGACCAUACUACAGAGCCAGUGGAGAACAUAAACGCGGCUAGUGCACAGUUGCUUAUCCCCACCCAAACACCCCCCUCCUCCUUCCUCCCGCCCCUCCAACGCCCCAUCCAAUGUGGUUUUGCACGUGAAAGUGGCGGAGAAGAGCUGGUGGAGAGCCUGGAUGUGGACAGGUUGGUGUUGGACCCAGUGGUGACGGUGAAGAAAAGCCGGGAUGUGGCUAGCGGGGUACAUGUUUCCCUGCAUCCCCAGACUCCCAACUUCCUCAAUCCCCCUCCCCCCACGCAGGUGGUGUUGGACAUGGCAGGCGCGGUGAAGAAGCUGGUGGUGUUGGACGUGGCGGGCGCGGUAAAGGAGAUUGUUGAGAAUAAUCUGGAUGCGGGGGCAACGAGUGUGGAGGUGCGCUUCAAAGACCUCGGUACCGAGCUGAUUGUGGUGGCGGACAACGGCUGUGGGGUUUCGCCCUCCAACUGGCAGUUCCCCGGCCAAUCACCGAUUCCCUACUCCCUCUACACCGUUGCAGGCAUUGACUCUCGAGUACCACACGUCCUCCAUCUCUGCAAUACUGAAGGCACUGACCCUCUAGUGCGACACUCGCUCUCCUCCUUCGGCUUUCGAGGGGAGGCCCUCUCCUCCCUCUGCGCCCUCGCCCAUGUCACCAUCACCACCCGCAUCGCCAACGAGCCCAUAGCAACGCUCCUAGCAUUUGACCAUGUUGGAAAGCUCCUAGACACCCCUCGGGGACGUGUCGCUCGGGCAGUUAGAACGACGAGUGGGCAGAGCAGCGCGCACACCACUAUGGUGCACACAGGUCGCACAGGGUCGAUGCGGGAGAACACCAUCGACGCGUACGACGUGAACGUGACCCCGGAUAAGCGCAAGGUAUUUUUGCACUACGAGGUGGCGCUGCUGUCGGGGCUAAGAGCGACGUUGUCGGAGUUUUCUUCGUUGGAUAGGUAUGUCUACCGAGCCGCGCCAGCCAGUUCGGUAGCGAAGGAGAUUGAGGAACGGGCGAGGAGGGAGGUUGGGGAGAAGAGAAUAGGGAGAAGGGGUGUGGGAAGAGGGGUAGGGGAUGGGGAGGAUGGGGGGGAGGGUGGUGAGGAUGGAGAGGAAGAGGGGGAGGGAAGGAGGAAGCGAGUGAGGGUGAGUAGUGAUAGUGGUGGUGGUGCUGCUGCUGGUGCACGAGGGGGUGGUAAAAUAGGAGAUGCGGAUGCUGAUGGGAGGGGGGCCAAGGGAGAUCAGUUCAAUAUGAAUGGUGAUGGGGAUGGGGAUGGGCAGAUGGAGGAGGUGGCGGAAAGUGGAGAGGAAGAGGAAGGGGAGGGGGACAGAAAGAAGACUCUACAUCAGUUUGAGCGCCAGGAGGAAGGAGGAAAAGCAGCUUUAGGGGCAGCAGUGGGGGAAGCAGCACAAGAGGAGGCAGUGGUAGGGGCGGCAAGGGGAAAAAGAGCAGCAGAAAGAGCAGCAGGUGGGGGUGCGGGCACACUGCAGUGGAAUGAGAGCAAGGCAGCUGCCAUGCGGCGACUGCUGAUCAUGAGCCCCCAGGGCAAAGACAAGGCCAAGGGCAAGGGCAUGUGCUUGGCUGAGAUGCGGGAGAUUGAGGCAAGGGAGAAGAGGGAGGGAAAAAGAGGAGUGGGAGGGUGCAGCAAGGGCGAGAAGCAGAGGAGCUUUGCAGCGGUGUCGGUGGUAGAUGGUGCGAGUAAUGCUGCACAGAACAGUGGUGAAAGGACGAUUCAGCAUGGCAAGGGGGAGGGCAAGGAGGCGGCGUUGGAGGCGGCAGCGAAGGAGCUGGAGCGGCGGUUUGACAAGCGCGACUUCGCCAGCAUGGCUGUGAUUGGCCAGCUCAACCUCAGAUCCAAUGGCUUUCAUUUCUCCGUGGAUGAGAGUGCUCCAUCGGGCCGUCGGUUCUGCCUCUCUGCCAUCCCUUUCUCGAAGAACAUUGUCUUUCUUGCUUCGGAUGUGUGUGAGCUUAUCUCAAUGCUGGCAGACGCGCCCCUCCCUGACCCAGAACCUGCUCCUCUACCUCUGCCACUGAUGAUGUCCGUUGUCAUGUAA